AUGAUGGCCAGAACACCUGGAAUCGCAAACAUUUUGGUGAUAACUACGAUAUGUUAUUGUUGGGGUACUGUAAGAAAGGUAGAAAACAACUAUGCUAGGGUAUAUUGGGAAAUUGACAAAAAAAAUUCAUUGGUGCCCGUUGGAGUUCUGAUUGCUGAUAUCGGAAACGAUAAUUUAUUGGAAGCAAAUACUAAAGAAGAAAAUUCAUCAUCUGAAUCGGGCUCUUCAUCUUCGAGUGAAGAUGACGAGACAACUGUUUCAGUCCAUCCGACUCCGCGUAUGAGCACCGUAACAAAUUCUUCUGCUGGAAAUACAACCGUUGUGAAGGGAGUCACCUGGAAAUCAUGGAGCAAUACGUGUUGA